AUGGCAGGAGGCCUGGACCCCUGGAAUGGCACUGACAAUGGUACCUGGGAUGGGGAUGAACUGGGCUAUAGAUGCCGCUUCAAUGAGGACUUCAAGUACGUGCUGUUGCCCGUAUCCUAUGGUGUGGUGUGCGUGCUCGGCCUGUGUCUGAACGCCGUGGCACUCUACGCCUUCCUGUGCCGCCUCAAGACCUGGAACGCCUCCACCACAUACAUGUUCCACCUGGCUGUGUCAGACACACUAUACGCGGCCUCUCUACCGCUGCUGGUUUACUACUAUGCCCGUGGGGACCACUGGCCCUUCAGCACUGUACUCUGCAAGCUGGUGCGCUUCCUCUUCUACACCAACCUUUACUGCAGCAUCCUCUUCCUCACCUGUAUCAGUGUGCACCGAUGCCUGGGCGUCUUGCGCCCUUUGCGCUCACUGCGCUGGGGCCGGGCCCGCUAUGCUCGUCGGGUGGCCGCUGCCGUGUGGGUGCUGGUGCUGGCCUGCCAGGCACCUGUGCUCUACUUUGUCACCACCAGCACACGUGGCACCCGAAUCACCUGCCACGACACCUCGGCACCCGAGCUCUUCAGUCACUUUGUGGCCUACAGCUCCAUCAUGCUGAGCUUGCUCUUUGCCGUGCCCUUUGCCAUCAUCCUGGUUUGUUACGUGCUCAUGGCUCACAGGCUGCUGAAGCCGGCCUAUGGAACCACAGGAGGCCUGCCGCGGGCCAAACGCAAGUCAGUUCGCACCAUUGCUGUGGUACUGGCUGUCUUCGCCCUCUGCUUCCUGCCUUUCCAUGUUACCCGCACCCUCUACUACUCCUUCCGCUCACUGGACCUCAGCUGUCAUGUCCUCAAUGCCAUCAACAUGGCUUACAAGAUCACCCGGCCACUGGCCAGCGCCAACAGUUGUCUGGACCCUGUGCUCUACUUCCUGGCUGGGCAGAGGCUUGUGCGCUUUGCCCGUGAUGCCAAGCCACCUGUAGACCCCAUUCCGACUGCCCAGGCCCACCGUCGGCUGGGCAUGCGCAGGUCCGGAAGAAAUGAUGCCAAGAGGACAGAGGACCUGUCAGCCAGCAGCGAGGGCUCUAGACAGACAGAAUCGACGCCAGCUGGCCUUGAGAACACUAAAGAUGUCCGGCUGUAG